AUGGCGAUGAUAAGCUUUUCGCUUCCAUCUCCCGCCAAACUUCCGAUUUCAUCUCGACCGUCCAUUCCAAAUCGGGUCAACGUCGCCGACCGUCUGAUCCUCCGUCAUCUCAAUGCCGGCGAUCUUCGGGGAGCGAUCUCCGCUCUUAACCUCAUGGCUCAUGAUGGGAUCCGCCCGACAGACACCGUCACAUUCUCCUCACUCCUCAAGUCUUGUAUCCGAGCACGCGAAUUUCGACUCGGAAAACUCGUUCACGCCCGGUUAACCGAGUUCGAGAUUGAGUUUGACUCGGUUCUCUACAAUUCACUAAUCAGCUUGUACUCGAAAUCCGGAGAUUUAGCGCGCGCCGUGGAUGUGUUUGAGACCAUGGGGAGAUUUAGUAAGCGAGAUGUUGUUUCGUGGAGUGCUAUGAUGGAUUGCUUCGCUAAUAGCGGAAGAGAAAUCGAUGCGAUUAAAUUGUUUGUUGGGUUUCUUGAAAUGGGUUUGGUGCCAAACGAUUACUGUUACACGGCGGUGAUACGAGCUUGCUCGAAUUCGGAAUUCGUUUCUGUUGGAAGAAUUUUACGGUUUUUUAUGAAAACUGGGCACUUUGAUUCCGACGUCUGUGUGACUGUGUGGGUUGCUCUUUGA